AUGCUCUCCAAAUUGCGCCCAACUGCGCGGCAUAUGAAACUCGCACCCGGGUGCCCGACACAAACAAGAUCCAGACUUGCCCAAGCCACAAUGUCAACCUUCACGAUCCCGGGGUCUGAUGCACGCGUCAACAGCAUACCGGAUCUGUCCCGCGAGGACCUGCUGUCGUUCCCCGCUUUCAAGAAUUGGAUCCGGACACUGCAGCUGUCCCUGGAGCGACAGCAGAACCCAUCACACGAGUUUCACGAUGACCCGUAUAGACUGCGCAGCAUUGACAUCCAAUCCAUCGACCGCUUCGGAGGCGGGCGGCUCGGGUUUGUCAAGUUGAAAGCAGACGUGUCGAACGGGAGCGGGGAGACGUUACCUGGAAGUGUCUUUUUACGAGGUGGCAGUGUCGGCAUGCUGCUUAUUCUCCAACCGGAUGAUAUCCCUGCCAACCAGGAAAAGGGAAAGAGCGCCAUCCUCACUAUUCAGCCUCGAAUCCCAGCCGGGUCUUUGGCAUUUGCUGAAAUCCCUGCUGGGAUGCUGGAUGACAGUGGAACUUUUGCUGGAGGUGCGGCGAAGGAGAUCGAAGAAGAGACCGGGUUGUCUGUUCAGCACGACGAGUUGAUUGAUAUGACUUCCUUGGCUCUGCAGCCUGCUCAAGAUGAGAACGGGGAGGUGCUGCAGAAAGCCGUGUAUCCGUCCGCUGGAGGGAGUGAUGAGUUUAUCCCGCUCUUCUUGUGUCAGAAGCGGAUGCCGAGGAAGGAGAUUGAAGAGCUACAAGGGAAAUUGACUGGGUUGCGUGACCAUGGCGAGAAGAUAACGUUGAAGAUUGUUCCGCUGGAGAAUCUUUGGAAAGAAGGAUUGCGGGAUGGGAAGACUCUGGCUGCAUGGGCACUCUACAAGGGGCUUCAGCAGGAAGGAAAGAUCUAG